GUUCACCAUAAACUAGCCGGUGCUGACAUGAUUAUAUCAACAAGAAUGGACAAAGCAAAGGUUUUAGAAGAAUGAGGAGAAAACUAUAGUACCAGUACAGUACUGAUAAUAUACAACACAGCUGCAGCCAUCAUGUGUAGUCAGACAUUCAGAAGAUACCUCUUAUGGUGUGCAAAUGAACAUAUUGAAUUCAGAAUACCAGAACUCAUGUCCAUUGCACAGAUGUUCAACAUUCCUAUUAAGUGGAUUGAUAAACCAAAGGAAGAUCCAUAUGUGAUUUUGGAAAUGCAGUCUGAAGACGAUGCUCGAAAAUUAAUGUCACGCAGCAUGCUUGUGCGAUCUUGUUAUGAGCUAUGGGGUCAAGGAGACACCGAGGCAGAACUUCACUCAAAUAUCAAGUCUCUUCCAGAGAAUUUAACCAAGCCACAUCUAGUUCACGAGAAGACCUUUAUGGUUCGGGUGGAAUCAUUCAAUAAGACACUCAGACUUUCAGAGAAGCUAAAGAAAAUUGAGUCAUUGAGCUAUCUACCCUUUAAGGGCAGUGUGAACCUAAAGAAUGCUGAUACAUGCCUUCAUCUUAUCGAAUAUUAUGGUUUACACCCGAAUCUGAUUCCCGAGGCACCAUACAGGAUUUUUCUUGGACGGUGGGUGGUGGAGGGCCAACGUGAGCUAAUUGACAAGUAUUCACUAAAGAGAAGAACUUACAUUGGUAGUACAUCAAUGGAUGCACAACUGUCUUUCAUAAUGGCCAACUACGCCAAAGUACAGCCUGGCGAAGUAGUGGUAGAUCCCUUUGUGGGCACAGGAUCUAUACUGGUGUCAGCUGCUCACUGUGGCGCAUAUGUAUGGGGAUGGGACAUUGAUUACCUCACCCUACAUGCUCGAACAAAACCUACUCGUCACAGCCAGAAGCAACGUACGGCAGGGGAAUCUAUAUCAAGCAACCUGAAACAGUAUGGACUAGAGCACCGAUACAUGGAUGUCGUGGUAAUGGAUAAUGCAAGACCAUUCUGGAGAGGUAUUCCCUAUGUCGAUGCCAUUAUUACUGACCCCCCAUAUGGAAUUCGAGAAUCAACAGAACGAGUGGGAACCCUCAGAGAGCCAAAAUCAAAUGAAGAAGGGACCAUACAACAGACAUCCGCCCCACAUUUUCCCUCGAAGAUCACUUACAGCCUAUCAGAUGUUUUUCGUGACUUGAUCAACUUUGCUGCUACUCACCUGGUAAUUGGUGGUAGACUAGUUUUUUGGCUUCCAGUAAUAAGAGAAGACUACCAUGAGAGCUUAAUACCAAGCCACCCGUGCUUGGAGCUUCUCUUCAACAGUGAACAAGUUCUUACUGUACACUCCAGCAGACGCCUUAUUACCCUCUACAAGACAAGACACCCUCAGAAAGGAGAAACAGCCAUUGCUCAAGUCACAGACCUGACAGCAAAAUUUCGAGAGAAAUUCUUCCAAGCCUCUCUAAUGACAAAGGAGGAAAGGGCCUUUAUGAAAUCUCGCUUCCCACGAGACAAGAGGGGCCAAGGUCUAGGUUAUCGACUGACAGAAGGUAAAGUGAAAGUCAUUAAAAUGGAUGCUGCAACAAUGUAAAAAAUAUUUUACAAAGGCAUGAGACACUAAAUGAAUCUGAAGGAUCUAGGAAUACAGUUCAGACUGAUAAUAUAAGCAAUGAAAGUUGCUUAAAGGAGGCACAGACUAACAGUUUCAUAAAUCUACAAGGAAGUAAUAUUGAUGAAGAAAGGGAAGAUUAUAUAAAUGUGAAAAGUAGGAGCCUUACCUCACACUAAGCAGUAUAGCAAAUAAAAUGAACCCACUAUUUAUUCAACUAGAUAGUGAUACCACCUCUCAAGGGAGGUUCCUUGAUGCUGGUGAGGGGCUCUUGAUCCAAGGAAUUGGAUGUACCUUCCCCUUUCUUGGAUUGAACCCAAUUGCCUCCCAUUCCACCUCUCUCUAACCCCUAUGGGUUUAUACUAACAAUAUGAAUGAAGGGAUAAGUGUAUGCACAAAAACAUCUUUAUUGGAUACAAUCCAAUCUAGUCCUGGGACCUUGGUAACUCCAAAUGAAUGAGAAUGCAGGUCACUGGUGAUUGUCAGAUGGUGUGAAGUCACCUAAUUGCUGUCACAAGGCAGCAGCCUGUAGCAGUAUUGUGUGCCUAAGUUGAGAUGUAUUUGUCAACCCUUUGUUGUGGUGGUGGUUGGAAGUAACAAUCAAGGAGGCUUCAGCACAGUGGUGUCUAUACUUGUCUUGGUCUGUAGAUUGAUGAAUCAAAGAAUAUGGCAGGAACAGACGUCACUGUAUUGAAGCCUCCUUAAUUGCUACUUCCAACCACCACAGAACAAAGAUAUCCUCUCAACCCUAGUACAUUGUUACUGCUACACGAUUCUUGGCUGCCACAUGACAGCAAUUGGGUGACCUCUCGCCUUUGCCUGACAAUCACCAGUGACUUGCAUUCUCUAUGUUUGCAGAACUGUGUUUCCUCAUUCAAGCAACAAAGGUAACAGGACCAAAAUGUGUCCAAUAAACAUGUGAAUGCAUGCACUUACCCUUUCAUCCAUUAACAGGUUAUAUAAAUUGAAAUAUGAAAAUAUGUAAAAUGAGUUAUUGUAUAUACAGCACCAUAUUUUAUUUUUCUUACCAUAAUUUACUUUGCCCUUCAUUUUUCCAAAGACCAGUCACUGAAUGUAGCAAUGCACCAUCAUUUAAACAAAUCUGUAGACAAGGAGUAAUAAAAUAUAUUUUACAAAA